CGCGUGCAUGUGUGUCGGUAGGAGAGCCAGCCAGCCAGCGGAGUGAUGAUGGCAGGGCAGGAAGAGCCGACACUCACAGAGGAAUGAGAACUUGUCGGGGAUGGCGGACAAACCUCUGACACUGUUCGUGAAGCUGUUUGCCGCCGGCUUCUACGGUCUGAGCUCGUUUCUGAUCGUCGUGGUGAACAAGAGCGUCCUCACCAACUACAGGUUCCCUUCUUCAAUAUGUGUCGGAAUAGGACAAAUGUUGGCCACAGUGGUUGUGCUGUGGGUGGGCAAGGCUGCGAGGGUGAUCAGCUUCCCUGACUUUGAUGAGAGCAUACCUCGCAAGACGUUUCCUCUACCUCUCCUUUAUGUGGGAAAUCAAAUCACUGGUCUCUUUGGAACCAAAAGGCUGAAUCUGCCGAUGUUUACUGUCCUCAGGAGGUUCUCCAUCUUAUUCACAAUGCUGGCUGAGGGAUUUCUGCUCAAGAAGAAGUUCUCCAGGCCAGUACAACUGACAGUUUUUACAAUGAUCCUUGGGGCGUUUAUAGCCGCAAGUGCUGACUUGUCCUUUGACCUCCAUGGCUACGUAUUCAUACUCAUGAACGAUGUUCUGACUGCUGCCAAUGGGGCCUAUGUGAAACAAAAAUUAGAUGCAAAGGAGUUAGGGAAAUAUGGAUUACUGUAUUAUAAUGCAUUAUUUAUGAUAAUUCCCACUCUGCUGUUGGCUCAUGUCACUGGAGAUAUGCAGAAGGCUGUGGAAUAUGAUGGUUGGUCAGAUGCGCUUUUCCUCUCCCAGUUCAUUCUCUCUUGUAUCAUGGGGUUUGUUCUGAUGUAUUCCACUGUGCUCUGUACGCAAUACAACUCCGCUUUAACAACUACGAUCGUGGGAUGCAUCAAGAAUGUCCUGGUGACAUACAUUGGGAUGGUGUUCAGUGGAGACUACAUUUUCUCUUGGACCAACUUCAUAGGGUUGAACAUCAGUAUUGCUGGCAGCCUGGUGUACUCGUACAUCACUCUCACAGAGGAGCAGUCCAGCAAAGCGAGUGAAAACACCAAGCUGGACAUCAAGGGCAAAGUGGUUGUAUGACAGAGACACUGGAUUUUAUUAUUUUUUACACUGACGAACAGGAAAAAUUCUAUUUUUAGUACGACUUUUAUUUAUGGAGUUUUUUUAGCAGCAAAGGCGUUGGAUUGUUGGGAUGGGAGCCACGCCGUCACCAUGCCUCUCCUGCUGCUGCCAUGGUUACGAAAGCCUCCAGAGGGAUUGUAGGUUGAUCUUUAGAUGGUGUUUUCUCUCUAAAUAUUCAGAUUUGGAUACUGUACUUGGGAGUAUUGAGAACAAGGGAACAUGGAACCAGUACUAUUUAUAUUAAAAUACGUCUUGAUACUUAGACAUGUAGAACAUUUAAAGACAGAUGUUAAGGUGACAUUAUGUUUCUUGAACACAGGUGUGAACAGCUGGAAUUGUCAGCUGUUUUAAGUGUGUACUGUCGAAUUAUGGGAAUAUUUGGUUAUUUUAAAGACACAAUCCUUAUUUGUUAAGCCCUUUUCUGUUUUGCUGUUUACAAGGAAUGUACCUUCCGAUGCCUUCUGAGCACAGUGAGAUGCACUGACACUGUCAUUUUCUGUUUUCAGUCUUUAUCCCAGUACGUUUCCUCAGAUUUUUUUUUUUUAAAAUUCUCAAACACUGUUCUAAGCUCGCUACAGAUAGAUAACGACAGCGAUCUAACCUCAUCCUUCAGACAACCAAAGUGGAUGAAGUGGAUGUGCGGUCGGCUGUCACUUCCCAUCAAGGAUUGUGGCUUUAAAUGUCGCUGCCUCCUUUUUGGGAGAAAAUUUAAGAUAACAGUUUACAUUUUGCUCCUUCAGUAUUACAGAAUGUUCGGUAUGGACUCUUCAAGUCUGCAAGUGAUUUUCUCUAUGCAGGUUUAACAAACGGGUGAUAUGGUUUGUUAUUUGUACAAGGGGAUCCAUUUGUCUUAUUAUUUUUUGUUUUGUUUUCUGGACACAAUAAGUUGUUUUCCACUGCAGGAACUUGUGGGCUGUUUUAGGGAAUCUUUAUACAGGCUUUGACUGUAAAAACUGUCCCCUUAGAGCAUCAUUCAGUGCUGAUUUUGGGGGAGAAAAUAGCACCUGUUUUGGGGUAGAUACUCCUGAGUGAUUGUGGUUAAAGUGGGAGAAGAUGAGGCUGCUUAGUUAAACGUGGAAGGACAACAAGCGCAAUUUCUUCCUGCUUCGAGUAGCAGUCUUCCUUUAAACAUCAUCAGUAAUGUUAAAUACACAACAACAUGACAAACACUCGGUUAUAUUUCCUACAUGCUCUUAAAACCAGUCCAAUAACUAGUAUUACUCACCGCUUUGGAGAAGCUCUUGGAUCCCACAAAACAGAAAAUCUUACCGUCUGUCCUGAGCUCCCGCAGUGGAAAGCCGCUUAAUGUUAUCGCACUUUUAACUGAGGUAGCACCUGAAAAAUGGUGGAAACAAAUUGCAUCACCUCCUGUUGUAUUCUUUGUUGAGAAUGAGAUUAAUGUACUCUCCUGAAAUGGUAAUUUCAGGCGUUUUUAAGUAUUGCAACUUGGUUAUUUAAAUGUUUAAUAAUCAGGUACGAGUAUUUCUGUUUUUUAAAAAACAUUUUUAUCUACAUCAUUUUGUAUUUAUUACUUUUUCAGACUAACUCAUUUUGUAGGUGGAGUGGCUUGUGAAUUGUCGAUGCUGAUCUCAUCUCAAAGACGGUAACCGUGGAUUUGUAGCUGAAACACGGUGAUGUAUUUUUACAUUAAAAAAAACUUCUCUUGA